ACUAAAGUUGAAUUGAGGUUUUCAGAAAUUCGUCAACAACUGCUUUCCUAGAACUGAAAUCGAAACUAUACACAUUUUACAGGACAAUAUAAAGUUUCUUGUUGCCAUACAAACCAAAGUCACUCCUGAAGUGUGCAAUGAUUUAGCUUGGGAAAUGGAUUACAAAAAUCUUUCUUUAACAUGACGUUCCAUCACUUGGUUUAAAAACCAUAGAAAACGAGUAUGUGGGGAAACACAACAAAUAAACGGACACGGAAUCAUGAAUAUGAUAUACACUCUGCAAAAAGAAGGAGGCCAGAAGAAUGGACUGGAAACAUAAAUACACAAAGGCGUGAUAUACCUACGAAACCAACAAACAAUGUUUGGUCCAAUAACCGUAUUCAAAUUUAUUCUCGGGAGACACCUGGCUCACCAAGAGCAACUACUUACAACAAUGAAACCAUGUCAAAGUCAGCUACCUAUGAAAACCACCAAAUCGGUAGGACGAGAACAACCAGUGGUUAUAAUCCAUCAGACCUCUCAUCCUCUGAUCGUUAUCCGGGAAGGCAGAGAAAUUCAACAAGAAAUGGGUUACAAUACAACAAACAGCUUCAUGAUGGUGAAUCAUCGAACUCAAAUCGAAAAAGUUCAGAACAAUUUAAAGGUAAAAGGAGAUUGCAUAUGGAUGAAAACGAUGAUUACAAAGUAAGUAAAAAAGACCAGGGACCAAAACGCAGAGAAGGAAUCUGCACGAGUGCCAAGAAAAACUGUAACACUCUUACGUAUCGCGUUAACGAUUUUCGAAACUAUGGAUUUCUAGAAAGUAGAGAUAACUUUUUAAAGCGCUUUGAAAGAAUAAAAAAUAUCAAAGAUUUUCAAGAUGGAGAAUACGAAGAUUUCAAGUCUUUACUUGGGUCAGCUGAGAGUUUCAGCAAAGAAAAUCUAUGGUGUUUAAUGAAAAUUUUAAGUCAUCUUUUGCAGGAGUGCAACACUGAGUUGUGCGAAAAAUUACUAGAAAAUGAUGUUUUUAAUAAAAAGGAACUAAUGGCAUAUAUUACAGAAUUAUUAUGUCGUGAAUUAAGCGGCCCUGAUAUAAUAUUUCUGAGAAAUUCAUCAGAGGUAUUGAUCGCGCUGUCAUUGGAAACCACAACAGAGGCAAGAAAGGUCCGAACAUUCUUGAGUUUGCUAAUUUCCCUGACUGAAAAACUGGAAAAGAACGCAAUGCUUUCGAAAAAAUCAAUAUCAUCGAUAUCUCUAAAAGAAAUCAAAGGAAUGUUAGAGUCGGGCAAAAAAGGUAAAACAACUUUCUCUGACUCUCUGAGAGAGAAGCUGUAUAAUUUGGUGAAUUUUAAAAUAUUACCGACAAGUGAAAUGAUUCGAGAUAAAAUUCUGCCAAUUUUUGAACCAAGACAGUUAGAAAGAGCAUCAAGAUCACAGACACACUAUCUUGUAGAGCAAUUUUACCUUUUUCUAGAAGAUUUUAUUGGUCCAUUACGUGAAGGGAUACAAAACUAUAUAAAUUUCGUAACGAGUGAUGAUCGCAUCUCAAAUAGAAGAUUUAGAGAUGAAAAUAUUAGAGCUUACGAAGGUGUGCAUAUUUUAGAGAGGAAAUGCGUUCCCAAUGCUGGUGUUGUGAUUGAAGUACAGUUUGAAACAAAAGGAUUGAAGAGAGUGCAAUGGGAUAUCUGUAAUUUUUUGCAGUACGGAAACAUUGUUUGUUUAACGUAUGGUGAAUGCAACGUCUUAUUAUAUGCUCUUAUUGCCGAAAGAAACAUAAAAAAAUUAAAUAAAGGAAUGAUUUCUCUUAGUCUAGUUGAAGACGAUUUCCAGUCAGUUGAAAAAAUGAUGGAGAAAGCAAAUAAGAAUAUAGUCAUGCUAGAGAGCAAAGCUUUUUACACUGCAUAUCGACACACACUUGAAUCAAUGAAGUCAAUAGCAAGGAAGAUGUAUAUAAAUCCCGAGUAUGCAAUAAUUCCUUUUUCAGAACAUAUAGUGGAGCUGAAGAUUAAUAUUAUGGAACCUGCGUACUGCAAAAGAAAAAAUGGUGAAGACUUGUAUGUAAAUUUCAAUUGUUUACUCCAGAACGACAUUGCCGGAAAGAGCUAUAAUAGUGUGUCAUUAAUGGAUGUUACAGAAUGGCCAUCACCAAGAGAGUUGGGUAUGGAUGAACAACAAUACGCUGCGCUUCAGCUCUGCCUUACUAGAAAACUAGGUAUCCUGCAGGGACCCCCUGGAACAGGAAAAACAUGGAUGGGCUUGCGAGUCGUGCAGUUUUUGCUUAACAACAAUUGUGGGUUUGUUGAUUCUGAGAAAAGGCCAAUCCUUCUCCUGAGUUACACUAAUCAUGCACUCGAUCAGAUUUUCGAUGCUCUGUUUGAUGUCGACAGUCUUCUUGGUCUGUUUUCAGCUGGAGAAAUUCCAUUUGUUCGUGUUGGAUCGAGAAGUAACGUUGAAAGGAUUCAGCAAUGCACAUUGACGGAACAUAGAAAACGAAUGAAGCCGUGUAACUCAAAGAUUUACUUGAAAAAGGCCAUGAAACUUAAACAAGAUUUAUUUGAAAUUGAGCUGUGGUUGAAUAAAAUUAAAACGAGCAUUGUGUCUCCCUCUUUCUUGUUUGAACAAGGUUGCAUGAUUGAAAAUCAUAAACAAUCUUUUGAAUCUAUUAAAAGUGUAUGCAAUCAACCCACAGCAAAAAACGAUGUUGCUACUGUAUUAAAAUGGUUGGAAAUAGAUGCUUGUGACAGACAUUUUCAAGGAUUGUCGAGGGGAACAUAUGUUGAUGACAAUUCAAAUACCAAUCUAUUGGGGUUUGAUGAGGAUGAUGAAGAUAUAUUGAGAACUCGAUUCCUGACCAGAAUAGUUGAUGAUGCAGAUGAUUUCGUAUUCAACGAAAAGGAUUGUCUUUCAAAGGUACUUUCGAAACUUAUUAUUUCUGAAGAACUCAUUCUUCCUAAAGACGAAAGAAACAUGUUUCCGUUUUGGAGAUCUUAUACCCGGCAAGAAAGGGGGAAAAUUUUAAAACAUGUAUCACUGCGUCUGCGUUUAGACACUUCAAUGAGUAUAGAUGAGGAAGAAAGAAAACAGGAUGUAUGGACUUUUGAAGUAGAUGAAAGAUGGCGACUCUACAAGGCGUGGAUACAAAAGCUUCGGAUCAAAAUUGAACAAAGGAAAAAAGAACUAAUGCACGACUUUGAAGUAGAGAAUAAUAAAUACAUGAUAGAAAAACAGAUGGAAAAUACAGAAAUAGUUUCAAGGUGUUCUCUUGUUGGCAUGACAACAACAGGAGCUGCACAAAAUAUUGACCUCCUUCGUCAGGUCCAACCAAGGAUUGUAGUUGUAGAAGAGGCGGCCCAAGUCUUUGAACAGCAUAUUAUAGGGUGUCUCACUGAGGGCCUGCAACAUCUGAUUUUAAUUGGCGAUCACCAACAACUGCGACCGCCUAUUAAUAAUUACAAGCUCUCCAAAUCCCAUAAAACAGACGUGUCAAUGAUGGAAAGACUUGUAAUGAAUGGAAUGCCAUUUGUUUGUCUGUCACAGCAGCAUAGAAUGCGCCCAGAAAUUUCCUCACUUCUUACUCCGACCAUAUACAAGACUCUUAAAGACCACUCAAGUGUUUUGAAUUAUGAGAAUGUACGAGGAUUUAAACACAAUAUUUACUUUCUUGAUCAUACUCAUCCGGAGAGUCAGACAGAAUUUUCGACGAGUCAUAUGAAUGAAUUUGAGGCAAAAAUGAUUGUGCGGCUAUUCCGCUAUUUAGUGCUCCAAGGAUAUAGCAGAACACAAAUUACUAUUCUUUCGACCUACAACGAUCAAGUAAAACUAAUUAGAGAUAAUAUGAAAAAUCUGACCGAAACAAAGGAUAGUGCAACACAAAGAGUUACAAUUACGGCAGUAGACAAUUUUCAAGGAGAAGAAAAUGAAAUAAUCUUAUUGUCACUUGUUAGAGGAAAUGAUGAAAAAAAAAUUGGACAUCUACACGACAUUAAGAGAAUUUGUGUUUCACUUUCCAGGGCAAAGCAGGGGUUUUACGUAGUCGGAAACUUUCAAACAAUUCGAAAAAGCCAGACUUGGAAUAAGAUAAUUUCCAAAGCAGAAUCAAAUGGAAUAUGUGGACCCUAUCUACCCCUUCAGUGUGUCAAUCACCCAGACACUAUAACAAAGGUUUCCAAACCAGAUGAUUUUGACAAUGCUCCAGAAGGAGGUUGUAAUGAGCCUUGUGGUUUCCAGCAUGAAUGUGGUCAUGUUUGCAACCUAAAGUGUCACGCUGAUAGGUCUUUCCAUGAUAUGCCAUGCAAAAAAAUAUGUGAUAAGAUUGUUUGUAAGAACGGACACAAAUGCAAAAAAGUAUGCUCUCAUCCACAAUCGUGUGGGCCUUGUAACGUUAAAAAGUUAAAAGUGUACCCCAUAUGUAAACAUGAAGUAAAAGUGGAUUGUUCUGUAGAUCUAGAAACCAUUCCCUGUCAAAAGCCAUGCGACAAACUAUAUCCUUGUGGUCACCGCUGCUUACAAAACUGUGGCAAUAUCUGUCGACCAGAUCAAUGCGACGUAAAGACACGGGCUACCCACCCAAGAUGUGGCCAUGAAAUAAGCGUGCAGUGUUGCAAGCUUUCAAAUCUCAACGAGGAACGUUGCCAUCAGCGGUGCAAAUCCAUUCUCCCUUGUGGACAUGUCUGUAAAGGUGAUUGUUGCUCCUGUUCGAGCGGUAGGCUACAUGUUGUAUGUGAGGAAUUCUGUCAAAGAGUUCUUGUAUGUGGGCAUUCUUGCAACAGUAAACAUUCCUGCUCAACAAUCUGUCCGCCUUGUAAUGAACGUUGUCCCUCUGGAUGCGAUCAUCUCGCAAAAGGUGGAUGUCCCAAAAAAUGUGGAGAGAAAUGCAUUGAUUGUAGGGAACCUUGCCUUUGGAUUUGCGAUAAAGAUUGUAAAAACCAGUAUCGGUGUACGAAGUUAUGUUUCGAGGAAUGCGACAGAAGUCGUUGUAACAAUAGAUGCAAAAAAAUAUUGCCCUGUAGGCAUCGUUGUGUAGGUUUAUGUGGUGAGCCGUGUCCCAAUCUUUGUAGGAGAUGCAAUAAAGAUGAAUUGACGACUAUAUUCUUAGGAAAUGAGGACGAACCAUCCGCCCUGUACAUACAAUUAGCGGAUUGCCACCACGUGUUUGAAUUUAAUGAUUUCGACAAAUACAUGGAAAUGGAGAAAGAAAAUGACAUGAAUUCAACCCCGGAAAGCUUUGUUAUUAAAUUAAUACGUUGUCCUAAAUGCCAAACGCCGAUACGACGAGGUCGAAGAUAUAAAGAUGUUUUAAACCAGAAUUUAAAAAACAUCAAGGACGUAAAAGAAGCUAUUGAGAAAGAGAGGAGAAAUGAAUUAGAAACAAAGACUGUCGAAGAAAAUUUGAAUUUUGCAAAAGCGGUCAAAUAUCUCACAAGUAUACUUCCUAAUUGUCCGUACAAGCUUGAUUUUUCCAAUAAGAAAGCAGAGAAAUUGUUCAUAUUUUUUGUUACGAAAUUCCACGAAGGAUUCCUGAAAGAUGUCAAGGAGUCAAUAGAUAAAAUAGAAAUAGUAGAACAAUUUCAUAUCCUCUUAAAAUGGUUGAUGCGUCACAAACAUAAUGUAUUUGCAGAAAGCGAUGUUCACGAUUUCAGUUAUGAAGUAGAUAGACUUUUUUUGUUCGUUGAUUUUACUUUGCUUAUGCGAGAACUUGAUUCAAAAAACCAAGUGCCAGAGGAAGAAAGGCAAUUAAUAAAACACCAGAGAGAUAAGCUCUUUUGGCCAAACCAAAAAUUGUCAGAUGAGAACCUGAUAGUGACAAGAGAUACAUUGAAAAACAUGCGAGAUAAGCAUCCAAGGGCUGGUCUGGGGAUCUCGGAUGAGGAGAGAAGGAUGAUCCUUAAGGCCUUCAGUUACAGCAAAAAGGGGCACUGGUACAAGUGCAAGAAUGGUCACAUAUAUAGUAUUGGAGACUGCGGGGGUGCAAUGAUAGAAUCGAGAUGCCCGGAUUGCAAUGAGACUAUUGGUGGGGCCAGACAUCAGCUUCGGUCCGACAACCAGGUGGCCGGGGAAAUGGACGGCGCGACACACUCAGCCUGGUCAGAGCAGGCUAACAUGGGGAACUAUGUCUUUUAACUGACUCUAAAUAUAUAGUGUCUAUUAUUGCCCAAGUGUGUCUAAUUUGUCCAAGUUAUAAUAUAUCAUACAUGUACAUUUAACUGACUUAGAUAUAUAUAGUGUUCAUUGUUGCCCAAUUUUAUCCAAGUUAUAUCAUAUAUUUAACUGACUUGAACUUUAUGGUUUUUUUUUCAUCUGUAUUUUUUGAACGCAAAAAUGUAUGCAUCACUGUGUAAAUAUAUUACAUGUUGUUGUGCUCUUUAUCAUCACCACCUUUACUUCAUAAUGUCUAUCGAUGCCCUAUUUUGUUAAUUUGCCGAAGUCAUGUAAACUAGUUUGAAUUGUUUUGGGUAGUUUAAGGUGGUAUGGGACAACUGUCAAUAUUAAUGUGGAUAAAAAGGAUUCGACAUCGUGACUUACAUAUUCGUAGUAACGCUCCAUACCGUGGCGCUAUACAUUUAGGUAACAAUACUGGUAAAGAAAACAAUUAUAGAUUUUGAUAGGAAGUGACAACAUGGAGGUGUCCCACAUCACCAUAUACGAUGCAUAGAGAUAGUCUUUAUCCUUAUGACAAACCUUAACAACGCAAAAUUAAAACAAUUUGAACUUCAUUGUAUUAAUCUUGAUGCAUAAUUUGCAUUAUCAGUGAAAAAAUGUAAAAAAAAGUAUUUCAUAUAUCAAUAUCUAACUAAUGGAUCUUUACAAGCAAUAAAACGUAAGAUGGCAUCAAGGACAUUUUCCUAACGAUAUCUUUUUGGCUUCAAGUGUUAAUCUAUUGAAAGUCAACCCUACAACAAUAUUGAAGUAGAAUAUUUUUUAAUUUGUAGUAAUUUCAUGAUGAAAAGGUGUGUAUUUUAAAACAUAUUUUUAAUAAAGCAAUGAGCACUA